UCUCCACCACAGUAAACAGGAAGUAGGAGAUUCGUGGCGCUGAGAUGAAGAAGGCAGAGAGUUCGUGAGUGACUUUCAACUCGCGCCGUUAGAGCCACUCGCUGGCCUUCUCCACUUCCUCCCCCCGCCCCUCGGCCAACAGGAACUCCGCCGGACCCAGCUACCUCUGAGUGCGGAACCAUGGCCGAAUACUCCUUUGUAAAGUCCACCAAACUCGUGCUCAAGGGUUCGAAGGCCAAGAGUAAGAAGAAGAAAAGCAAAGAUAAGAAGAGAAAACGUGAAGAAGAUGAGGAAACCCAACUUGAUAUUGUGGGUGAGCCACUUCGGUUCACUUUAUCGAAUGACAAGAAUCUGGUGGACUGUUUCCAACUUUGGGGAGAUUUCGGGAACCAUUGCCAUUGAAAUGGAUAAAGGAGCCUAUAUCCAUGCACUGGACAAUGGCCUUUUUACACUGGGAGCUCCACAUAGAGAAGUUGAUGAGGGCCCCAGUCCCCCAGAGCAGUUUACUGCUGUGAAACUGUCCGAUUCCAGAAUUGCCCUGAAAUCAGGCUAUGGAAAAUACCUUGGUAUAAAUUCAGAUGGACUGGUUGUUGGGCGUUCAGAUGCAAUUGGGCCAAGAGAACAAUGGGAACCGGUGUUUCAAGAUGGGAAAAUGGCUUUAUUGGCUUCAAAUAGCUGUUUUAUUAGAUGUAAUGAAGCAGGUGAUAUAGAAGCAAAGAAUAAAACAGCAGGAGAAGAAGAAAUGAUAAAGAUUAGAUCCUGUGCUGAAAGAGAAACCAAGAAGAAAGAUGACAUCCCAGAAGAAGACAAAGGAAAUGUGAAGCAGUGUGAAAUCAACUAUGUAAAGAAAUUUCAGAGCUUCCAAGACCACAAACUCAAAAUAAGCAAAGAAGAUAGUAAAAUUCUUAAAAAAGCUCGGAAAGAUGGAUUUUUGCAUGAGACACUUCUGGACAGGAGAGCCAAAUUGAAAGCUGACCGAUACUGCAAGUGAUGGAGACAGUUUUGUGUUGUUUUGGUUUUUUGUUGUUUUGCUGGGACCGUUUGUUUUUGUCUUGAAUAAAAAUAUUCAUUAUAACUCGUCUUUUA